AUGAAACUAAGUUUGAAUCUUCGCGCCCACAAGCGAUACAUCACGGGAGUAGCCAACGUGGCUGCUCGCCGACUCAACGCCGCGAUCUUAGCGAUCGGGGACGUGGAGAUGGAGGAAUUGCCGCUCGCCAACGCUGAGGACACCGUGCUCAUGCACCUAGCAAGCCUGCAAGGAGCUGAAUACGACGUCGCCAACAUCGACAAGUGGCUAGAAAACGAGUUGAACGCCGACAACAACUGUCAAAAAGACCCAACUCUCAAAGAGAGAUACAGAGACACGUUGAAAGAGCAUAUCGACAAACGAGACUACCUAACUCUUCGUAGAAAGUUAGGAAAAACAAUUCACAAACUGAAAGCAAUCAUGGAUCAAGGAAAAACGGAAGCCGAAUGGAAGCAGGGCGACCUGCCGGCGAGCCCGACAAAGACAACAAUGACGGAGGGAGACCAAGAGCUCGAAUCCGAGUCCGACGAAGACGACGUGUUUGUCCAAGACGUCGAGACAACGCAAGAACUCAACUCAACCAAUCCGUUUAUCAACCAAGUCGAGAACGAGGGCGAGGAUAUGGUCGCGAAAGGACCAGGUCUCAACCCGUUCGAACCUAAUCCAAGACAGGAAAACAAUACGGUCAUCAACCUGAUCGAGAUGACGUCUCAGAAGAAAGGGAUUCAGGUAGACAUUGAAUUGGCUGCCGAAUUGAACCGCGUUUUAGAUAGCCAUUCCAAAAGACUAAGAAACACGGAAUAUAACACGUUGGCACGAGAAAACGAAAUCAUAAACGCUCAUUCGGGAAUCCAAAACAUGCUCGAAAGAAAUCUCACACCAAAACCAAUUCUGAAAAAACCGGACCUAGAGCCGUCAGAAGAGUCAUCGGACGAGGAGCUCCGACACAGAUACGAGAAAGAGAAGAGACAUAGAGGUGUGACGCUGAACAUCAAAAGAAUCGCUCAAGAUUACGAAUCAACCGAGAGUGAACCAGAAAAGAUAGACAACAAAAAAAGAGAAAGAAAAGUCAUAAAAGGAAAAAGAGACAGUUACGAACACUUGGAGGAAUCAGAUGGAGAGUUCACUUUACCGGUCAAACCGUUCGAAUUGCCGAAAUUCAGUGGGAGAACCGCAUCUGAGUACGAAGAGUGGAAAGAAAUGUUUAACGCAGCUUAUGGACGAAAUAAAAGACUAAUGGAAAUCCAAAAGCUCAUCCAACUCAAAACGCACGUCAGCGAUUAUGCAAAAUCGGUGAUCGGUGCUAUUCAACUUGAAAAAGGCAACUAUGAGAGAGCGUGGGAAGUCCUCGACGCCACGUUCGCCAGUAAAUCAGACACGGUGGACGAAUUGUUUUCGUCGUUCCUGAAAGCGACCAUUAACCACAAAGAUUUCACGAAAAUGCUGUGCGAUACAGGGAGAAUCGCCGGAAUCGUCGAGAAUCUGAAAAACAGAGGAGUAAACGUCGACAACAUUGCAUUCACGAAACCAUUAAUCGCAAAGCUCCCAGAGAACAUUCAAAGAAAAAUUAUGACAACAAUGGAAAUAAACGGGCACGACGGAACGUUUAGAACAAUGUACCAAUGGAUCCAAAGAGAGAUCGUGAUUGAAAGGAAUAUCACAGCAAAUCUAGAGAACAACGGUACGCUGAAAAAGUCGAAGGACUUUGAAGUGGGAUCGGCGGAUGAUACAGAAAUUAAUCAUUCUGAAAUCAAAACAAACAACAAAUUUCAGAACAAGAAAGGAAACAGAGCAAAGCAGUCCUCUCAGACAGAGGGUGGCCAGCCCGGGAUCACUGGCUCCGACAACGACGAUUGCAUAUUCGGUUGUACAGAACAACACCAGUACUGGAAAUGUCCCAAACCGAUCAAACAAAAAUACUUCUACGCCAAGGAAAACAAACUAUGCUACAUCUGUUUCUCUAAAGAACAUCGAUCAGGAGCGUGUAGCUACAAAAACGGAUGCAAACACUGCAAAGGCCCACACAAUUCCAUCUUACACGCAUCAUUCGAGUACAUCAACAACAAACGAAUGUCGGCUCAACAACAAAAUGGAAAUCAACAAGUUAACAGUCCACAAUUCGAACAACAACAGAAUACAAACAUUACAUGGAACGACCGAACAGGAAGACCAGAACAAACAAACGGACCUCAAAGCCAACAGCGACAACAAUACCAACAAAAUCAAACUGCCAACUCAGGACGCCCGCAAAAUUUCAAUGGACGCGGAAACGGAGACAACGCGACUCAUUAG